GAUUGUUACUAUUCUUACUCUGCGAUGGGCAUUCUAGGAAGCUAUGAAUGAGGUGAGGGGAGGAGUUUGGCGUUUCAAAUUCGGUUCGUCAUGAUAGGAAAAAGGGGAAAGGUUUUACUUCUGAAUUCUACGUGUGUAUUUUUGAUGUCGCGUUAUGCCUUUUUCAACAUCUUGAAGCUAAAGGCGUUCCUGGAUCAGGGUUCAGUAAAGUCAAUAUACUGCACGGACAAGGCGUUCGCGAUUUUUGUUCUUGAGAAGUUAGGCGUGCCCGUUUUCAUCUACGCCGUCGCAUCACACGCUUAGUGACAUAAUCGCAAGUGUUUUCGGAGAGUACCCCAUAAUCAAGAUUUGUUUACUGAUGGAAUUGAAUUAUGUGCGGUGAAGUGGUUCUGA